AGUGAUUCAACUUUACUGUGAUUACUUCAAAUCAAAGCAAAAUUUCACAAAUCUCGGUUAGCUUUCAUAUACUAUGGAGCUACAUCUUCACCAUGCCUUAGCCACAGUUCAUAUAUUUAUAACAGUGAUUUGUAGUAAGCAAUUGGUUUACUCAGAUAACUUUCAUAAGCAACUAAGCGAGUGUCAAGACAGCACUGCAGAUUGUUCAGCAGGACAUCACGAACCUCGUAAUAUCCACUUACGUUUACCAAGAAUCAACGGAGUAAAGGUUGGGCAUAUUCAAGAAAUGGAGUUAACAGAGGGUGCAAAACACACCGUGAGAACUCUAAGCUUACAGCCACCAGUGUUUGAAAUUCCAAAUUUUUUCACUGAUGAAGAAUGUGAAAUGAUCAUUGAUUUAGCCCAAGAAAAGGGAAUGAGCGAAAUUCCGCUGACCGAAAAUAAUGACAACAGUGGUAAUGAAGAUUUGAUAGAACACAAAUUUAAAGCUUGGGACAAAAAUGAAGAUGAAUUUAUCGACAAAACUGAGGCCCUUCACAUACCUGAAAAAAGAAAUAUCUAUUCAACAGAAGACGAUUUUGCCGCCUUGAACUUAGAUCAAGACGAAGAUGGUAAACUAUCCAUGAAAGAGCUUGAACAGACUUCAUUAGAAGACCUAAACGCCUAUUUUGACAAAGAAAAGCUGGCAAAGCCGCGCCUGCGCAGUCAUAACAAUCAACAAGUGUGGUUAUGGCACGAUGAAGAUGAACUUUUACAAUACGAAGGAUUAUUAGAAGAUUAUCAUGACCGACUUCAGCAACUCACCAAGCUACCAAAACCGAUAAUUGAGCAAAGUGAGCCCAUGCAGGUCGUACAUUAUAAGGAACAAGGACAUUAUCACUGUCACCAUGACAGCCAGUCGAUCACGCAUGACAAACCUUGUUGUAUGUAUGGCUCUAGUGAUUGCAGGCUCUGCAGAUAUCUAACGAUCAUGGUCUUUCUAAACGAUGUCGAUGAAGGAGGAGAAUGUGCAUUCCCCCUUGCUGAUAACACGACUUUCAGCUGGCAGGCGUGGUCCAACGAGUCAGUUCAAAGAUGUAACAUGGUCAAGCACUGUGAUAAGUCCAACUUAGUGAUCAAACCACAGAGAGGAAAAGCCUUGCUUUGGUAUAAUCAUUUGUACGAUGGUACUCGUGGAUGGCUGGGCGAGUUAGAUCCUCUAUCAUAUCAAGGGAGCUGUUAUGUUCAAAAAGGCGACAAAUGGGUGGCGAAGAUCUGGAUUAAUAUCAACGGUGAUGGUGAUGAGGAGCUCAGAGUAUGGAAGAUGGGUCACAACUGGCUUGCUAAGAAUAAUUACAACGAAGAGAUAGUGAAUGCUUUACGCUCUGAGAUCCAUCAAAAUAAAUACGCAAGGGAUAUAAAUGAAAAUAUUGCGGUGAAUAUUAAAAAUGAGCAUCUUUCGAAAGAAGACGCCGCCAUUACUGCAAACGAAGAAAAUACCAAAUCAGAUGUAAAUGAACAAAGCAGCCGUGACACAUCGGACAGCGACGAGGAAGCAACCGUUGUCAGUUUAGAUGAUGUACCAGAGCUUACACCAAAAAGUCCUAAAUUAGCAAGAACAGAAACGUCUACGCCUCUUCCUCUUACGGAAGAGCAAAUGACUCCAAAGGGUCCUGAAAUUGGCCAUCUUCCACUCAAAGAGUUUCAAGGAAACAGAAUAGUCCAAUCUAUAAUGCUGCUUUUAGAAGAGCUCGAUCAGGUGGAGCUUGAAAUAAUUGCGAGGAAUUUGCACACGAAACUAAAGCUUGUCUGCGUUCCUCUUAUCAUGAAUCCUAUGGGGCGUAUCUAGAAUAUGGUACAAGUGCAGCCAUGCGUAUAAAAGAACGUCUCGACCAAGCCUCUUAGCCUCCCCUUGCAAACUUCAAGCAAACAUUUCUUUUGGUCACUCCCUCGUAGGAUUGAUGAAAAUCAGUUUAAAUUCAUCUUGUUCUUUAAUAAUUCACAUACUUCUUACAGAAAAUAAACAAAGUGCUCCUACGAUUGAGAGGUCCUACAACAAUUGAAAAAAGUAAAAUUAUUUUUAUGUCAUAACAUAAUAAUGACACGUGCUAACUAAUUACUAAAUAACAAGUGCGUAAAAAAAAAAAAACAGAACACAACUUCUUGCGCUUCUCUUCGCCAACGCCUAUUCAUUAUUAUGAUUCUAAUUUACUUUGACGGCAUUGAAUCAAGCACCAAAACUCGGUGGUCCUGAGUCCUAUAACAAUUAAAAAAAGUAAAAAAAAAAUUUUUCGUUAUUAUACAAUCAUUACAUGUGCGUUUAAAGGGCAAAAAUCGGUACAAAAUCGGUAACUGAGUGGAUUUAGCAAUUCUUCGAGAAUAACACUUUCUGUUCUCAUCGUAAACGCUAGUCACAAUUUUCAACUUGACAACAAGAAAUCAAGUAUAAAAACUCGUUUUGUUUUCCUUUUGAAAAUCCUUCAUUUUUUCACGGAACUCGACUGGGUGAACUCCAUUAGGAAUAGAGCCAUCUACCCAAUAAGCCGCCUCCUCAUACUUUCUUCUGUACACCCUUUCUUGUUUGCUCUUUCGGUAAUAUUGUUCCAGCAUUUCUUCAUUUAGACGAGUCCCUGCUGGGGUCCCAUUAACUUCCUCUGGGUUAUCCUGUACAACUCUGAAGUUUUUAUCUUCUUUCAAGUUGGGCAAGUCUUGAUUAGAUUUAACAAGAUUGCUUCUGGUUUUCGAGGAAGAAUCGUUGCUUUGAGUUAGUGGUGUUCCAUUAGCGGUCUUUGUUGGGGAGCCGCUACACUACAGGUAUAUAAUGAUAACUCAUUAUAGAAAAGAAAAGUAAAAGUGGAAUACAAACUG